AUGCCCAAAUUUAGACUUAUCUACAGCUGGCCAAGGAAUCUGGCUGGCAAGCUGCUGAAUGAACCUGGAAUGCCGCCAAGAGAAUGCAUAGUUGUCCGAGUACAACAGGAGGAGAAGGUCGGCCAUGCUAGAGCAGUGCUGGUGGAAACGCUCCGCUGCCGCGCCGAAGCCAUCACCACCAACCUGGGCUCAGAGCAUGCUGAAACCCUUUUGGCGUUACACCGGCUCGCGAAGGUGCUGCAGUUCCGUGGCGCCCUGGCCGAGGCGGAGACGCUGCAGCGGCAGAUCCUGGCGGCGCGCGAAGCGCAGUUUGGUCCCGAGGAUCCGGACACGCUCAUUGAUUUGAACAAUCUGGCGCUGGUUUUGGAGCGUCGAGGGCAGUGGAAGGAAGCGACAGACUUGUACCGCAGGGCGGUGGAGGCGCAGGAGCGCCGCCUGGGAGCUGCGCAUUUGGCGACGCUGGCAUCCGUGGGGAACUUGGCGGAAGUGCUGAGGCUUCAAGGCCAAUUGGCCGAGGCGGAGGCGCUGCAGCGCCGGGUCCUGGCGGGCCGCGAGGAUCAGCUGGGCUCGAAGCAUCGAAAGACCUUAGUGUCAUUGAACAACCUGGCGCUCGUGCUGCAGGAUCAGGGCAAUUUGGAUGAAGCGGAGCCCUUCGCCCGGAAAUGCAAGGAAGGAGGGGAAGCUCUUCUUGGAGCAGCAAAUCCAGAGACCUUGAUUUGGGUCAACAACCUCGCCACGCUUCUCGAAGACCAAGGCAACCUCAAUGAAGCAGAAGAGCUUUACCGAAAAGCUCUUGCCGGGGGUGAAGCGCAUCUCGUGCGCUCACACCCAGACACCCUGACCUGGGUCUACAAUUUGGCGGGUGUCCUCAUGAAGCGGCAGAACUUUGCCGACGCGGAACCGUUGAUGCGGAGAGCCGUGGCGGGUCGCGAGGAGCACCUGGGAGCCGGGCAUCCGGACACGUUGAUCAGCGUCUAUGGCCUAGCCGAGCUCUUGGAGGCGACCGGCUCCAUCGCCGAGGCUGAAGAGCUUUUCAUCAGAGAGUUGAACGGCAUGGAGGAGCUUCACGGCCCAGACCACGAGGAGACCCAAGCCAGCCGCGAAAACCUGGAGCGCUUCCGGCAUCAGCACGGGCGAUCAGGCUGA